AUGGAGGAGCUAAGCUGUUCAGUGUGUUCGGAGGUGUUCCUUGGGGGUGUUCGCGACCCCGUGGUGCUGCCCCAGUGUGGCCACACCUUCUGCCGUCCCUGUCUCCUCAGCCUGGAGACCAUGCACUAUAGCCUCAAGUGCCCUGCCUGCAGGAGGCGACACAAAGGCGCCUCUGUCACCCACCUCCCGACUAACUUCACUGUUCUCAACCUUGUUACCGCUACUCAUGCAGCACCAAGGAUAUGUUUGUGUCUUCAGCAAGGUACUGAGACGUGUCAGCAGCACGGUGACCCUGUGAGGCUAUGGUGCCACCCGUGUCAGGAGGCACUCUGCGGACAGUGCCUCUUCGAGCGACACAUGGCCGCCAGGCACCACGUAGUCAAGAUCCAGUCAGUGGUGCGGGAGAAGAAGUUGAACAUGGAGGCGCAGACGGCAGAGAUGCUAGAGCAGGUGGAAGAGGAGCGGGCGAGCCUAGCCAAGGAGGUACACAGCAUCGCUCAUCACCUGGCUCGCAUCCACUCAAGAAGCUCAGCUCUUAACAGGUACGUCACCGAUGUGCACAGAAUUCUGAAGGAUGUCAGAAAGACCACGCGCAUAGUGUCGGUGUUGGCAAACGAGAAUAGCCUGGAAUGCCUGUCUUUUCAACUGGGAAAAAAGCCUUGUGACGAAGCCAGAAAAAAUGAUGACAGUGACCGAGGGAUGAGUGACAGUUCAGCGGCACCGCUCAGUCGAGAUUGCUGUGACAACCAAGCUUAUCUCUGUUUAAAUAAUUCUGAUGUUUGCACAAGAAGCGACGAUAAACACAUCAACAAUGACACCAAUUCACAUAGCCAGGAGUUGACUGACGGUGAAAACAAUGUCCCAGCAACGGGGGCGGUUGUGGACGAUGGUUACCCGAGAGAUGGAGGAGUUAAAGACGAUAUUGAUCUAGGUCUUCUUAAUAGAGACAAGCAGGCCGGUGUGGGUGGACCUGAAACUGACGAAGACCAGGAGUGUGACCAGGUGUCUGAGACGGAGAGUAGGGUCAGGGUAAAGGGUGAUAUGACUAUGUGGCCCUUGACACCGUGUGACCCAGCGGGAGCCUCGCCAUGGCCACACAUCGACUGGACACAUUUUUACUACCAGCUGCCCGUGGUACAGCUGCUGGUGCCGCCAGAGAAGCCAGAAGUGCUCAUGCAGCUGGGUGUGGCAGGCAAAUGUCUUGGGCGGGUUCACAUUCGCCUAUGGGGGCACCUGCGUCGCGCCCAGCACUUCCUGGCACUGUGUCUAGGCACCCUUGGGCCCUCCUACAAAGGCUCAAGAUUCUCAAACGUGGCCAGGAAGGGUCAGCCUGGGGAAAGCUUAGUUGGUGGUCAGUACAGGACUGAGGGCGGCAGUUGUACCGCCAGGGGUCUGAUGGAGGAGCUGGAAUGGCGGGGUCGCCACUCCGGCCCGGUGAAGGUGGGGGUGCUAGGGGGAGCUAGCGACGGUAACCCUAAUCUGGAGGCUUUUUUUGGUAUCUGUACUCGGGACUACCCAGAGGGAGAAUACUACUGCCCCUUCGGCGAGGUGGUGGCAGGGAUGGAUGUAGUUCAAAAGGCCGCGGCUCAUGAUCCCAUCAGUGACGUCACUAUUACCGGCAUCACAUCAGCUAACACUGAUGCCUAACACCAUCCAUACCACCUUCAGUCCUCACUGUCCUCUUUAUACAGUUUGUUACACUUUAAAUUACCAAGAGCUGCACUUCGUCACUGAUUACACCAAGGGACCUCGAGCCCUCCCAAGAUACCUCAGUAUGGAUAACCUAACUAGAACCAAAACACUCCACCACUUCACUUAAGGUUA